GAGAGAUUACGCAAGGCUUUUCACAUACCUCAAACUCAAGUUCCUUGAUAGUCACUCCCAUAAAUGAUAGGGACUUUACAAGUUACAUAUGUUUAGCAACCAAUAAGAUAGCGAUUGACUCGGUGACGUUCACGUUGCACGAAAAGGGUAUCAGAAAACACCCAGAGUUACACGAAGAACCUGAAACAAGUGCCUCCAAAAAUGUCAAUGCAGAUGGCAGAGAGUCACUCACCAAGUACCUGUCUAUAACAGCGGGCUUAGCGGUGAUCGCGAUCUUUGCUCUCUUCAUCAAACGAUAUAUGGCUAAGAGAUCCAGAGGACAGACAAAUCAGCGAACACGUGAAGAAGCCGAUGAGCUCCAAAUGGUGUCCUUGAGAUCGCAAGCCACAUGCAACGAGUUUUUUCCAAAUGGAGCUUGCAACGUAUCCUCAUCGGGUGACCCUGAAUGGGAAAUACCGCGAGCAAGGCUGAAUGUGGAGAAGGUUAUUGGGCGUGGCGCAUUCGGCGUGGUGUCACGAGGCUUAGCGUUUGAUUUGCCGGGAAAACCAGGAUGGACUGUGGUAGCAGUGAAGAGCGUUCAAGAUGAUGCUUCAGAAAAAGAGAAGGCAGACCUGUUGUCAGAGAUGUCACUCCUUAAACACCUAGAUCCUCAUCCUCACGUCAUCCGCCUUUACGGUUGUGUUACUACUGAAGCCCGGCCACUCGUAGUUGUCGAGUAUGCACAGUAUGGUGACUUGCUUGGGUACCUGAGGAAGAGCCGAGGAGUUCGAGAUAACUACUACAGUGAUCCCUCGGUAGAGCCCCGCACCAGCCUCACUUCCAAGCAACUGCUUCGGUUUGCUUGGCAGAUCAGUGACGGAAUGGACUACUUGUCGAAGAAAAAGAUCAUUCAUCGCGACUUAGCCGCGAGAAAUGUUUUGGUUGGUGACGAAGACGUUUGCAAAAUCACAGAUUUUGGAAUGGCCAGAGAUGUUUGGGCAGAGGAUAUAUAUGUUCGAACCCACGAGGGCCGUCUUCCAAUUAAAUGGACGGCUCCCGAGGCUCUAUUUGGAAGUGGUGCAUAUACGACACGGAGUGACGUGUGAGUUUGUUUUGUACAUAAUCAUUCGCCCAAAUAUCACGAGAACAUAUUGUGAAAUUCCCUGAAAUAAUCAAAAUUAUAGCAGCGUGCGUGCAAGUCCUAUCAAAUUGCUAAAAAGCCACCUUGGUAAAAAUUCUUAAUUUCGCAAUGGCCAUGCAUCCAUAAGAUGACAUGUUCGGUUUUACUUCGGCUGAAACUACCCGUUCAGUUUAGCAGCGAAGUUCCAAAUUUUCAAGACUUUUUUUCAGGUUCUAUCCCGAUUGAGAUAAACCUUAGGAAGCUCAAAAUGGAAAGAAAAUAUGCUAAAUAGUACUCGUUUCGAAAAAAGAUUAACAUGUCGCUGUUUCAAGCGACGAAAUUAGUUUCUGAGUUGACGAAACUUAAUUCUUAAACGCGAUGAGAAUUAUGACCGAAAAUAAAACUGGGUUUUGUGACUUAAACUGAACCUUUGCGACGUUAGGGACUCUGCAUUAGAACGGUAAAUAUUAUUUUGAAGUUUUGAUGUGUCCCAAAAGUGUUGUUUAAGAGAAGAUUUUGUUGUGAAAGAGUUCAGAAUUUUCCUCACAAAGCUACGCAAUUUUCUGAUCGUAAAUUCAGGUAAACAACCAUUAAAGCAGGUAAAUCUUCCAC